UUAUUAUAAAAAUAAAGAUGAACAGACUUAUUGCUAUAGUUUUUGUUUUGGUACUUACCUCUACUGCUUUGGGAAUGAGAGAGCCACCUGUCAGGAAAUUGACAAAAGGUAAUGCUAUUGAACCAAUUGACUUCCAUGCUCCAUUUAAAUAUUCAUCAUGCUCAAAUGCCAUCUUUGAUCUUCUGAAUCAGUUUGCCUUACUUUAUGGAGAUAUAUAUGCAACUGACGGACUAAAUACUGAAUUUUACAGGCCAUUCCAGGUAGUCACCGUAAAGUUUAAAGCAUUUGCUGAUGCUUGUUUCUAAGCGACGAACUUAAGACAAAUUUACAAAAACUUAAAUACUUAUAACUCCUA